AUGUUCUGCGCAAUUUCUGGCGAGGCGCCCAAGGAGCCUGUCGUCUCGACAAAGAGCGGGCUUCUCUUUGAAAAGCGGCUCAUCGAGCGCUACAUUGACGAGAACGGCAAGGACCCGAUCACGAACGAGGAGCUGAGCCUCGACGAUCUCGUCGCGGUCAAGACGUCGCCGCACACGGCAUUCCCGCGCCCGCCGACGCACUCGAGCGUGCCAUCGCUGCUGGUCGCGCUGCAGAACGAGUACGAUGCCAUGAUCUUUGAGACACUCGCGCUCAAGAAGCAGUACGACGCGGUGCGCCAGGACCUCGCGCACGCGCUGUAUACGAACGACGCCAGCACGCGCGUCAUUGCGCGGCUCAUGAAGGAGCGCGACGAGGCUCGCGACGCCCUCGCCAACGUCCACACUUCGCUCGGCGUCGCGCCGCAGAGCGACGAUGUCGAGAUGGCACCGGCGGAGCCGAGCGCCGCGCUUCCCGCGCAGGUGCUCCAGUCGAUCGACGAGACGGCCUCUACCCUCUCGAGCGGCCGGCGAUCGCGGAUCAAGCAGGGUGCGCCGCAGGGCUACACGACCCCCACCACUGCGGCGUCCUUGCAGGAGCAGACGGCGAUCACGUCGCUGCACGGCGCAAGUGCGCCUGGUAUCACUGCGCUGGAUGUCAGCGCUAACGGUGCGCUGCUGCUCACCGGCGGCAAGGACAAGGCCGUGCUGGUGCUGGACAGCGCCACGCAAAAGGUCCUGUCGACCUUCAAGGGGCACACCAAGCCCGUGAACGCGGUCGCCUUUGCGGGCCGCGCGAAUCCGCCGGUCGGUGCCGAGGCCGCACAGGCGCCGGCGCCGGCGUACGCGGUGAGCGGCAGUGCGGACAAGACCGUGCGUGUGUACGUGGCCAAGGACGACAAGUACGCGCUUGCGCACACGCUCAAGGGCUACAGCGACGAGGUGGUCGGUGUCGACGUGCACCCCACCGACUUGCUGGUCGGUAGUGCGAGCCGCGACCGGACGUGGGCGCUGCACGCGCUCGACUCGGGUGAGCGUCUCCUGCACGUCGAAGCGCCGCAGGAGGACGACGAGGUUGGCUUUGAGUACGCGUCAUUUGCGUUCCACCCCGACGGCCAGCUCGCUGCGACCGGUACGGCGGACGGCGCGGUGCGCGUCUGGGACGUGAAGCAGGGCAAGCAGAGCGCCGUGUUCCGUGGACACACUGGCGCGGUGCACGCGCUGCACUUUUCGCCGAACGGAUACCUGCUCGCAGCCGCGACGCGCGACGCGCCCGAGGUCAAGAUCUGGGACCUGCGCAAGCUCGAUGUCGCGCGUACGGUCGAGCUUCCGGAGGGCUACGUCGUGUCGCAGGUCCGUUUCGAUCCUACGGCGCAGCUCCUUGCGGUCGUCGGUACAGACGUGCGUGUGUUUGGCGGCAAGGCGCUGAGCCUUGCCUUUACCUAUGACCAGAACGCUGCCGAGGAGACUGGUGCGCAGUGGUCGCCCGUCGAUGGCGCGCUGGUGGUCGCCGGUCUCGACCGCACGGUGCGUGUGCUCGGCGCGGGCGCAGAGGCAUGA